AUGCGCGAGCCUCGUCAUUGUCAGCCUCCAGUUCCGAGCAUCGCCAACGAAGCAUCAUCGGCUGAACACGACCUACAUCUCGAAUCCACCUGUGAAGCCUUGAGGCCCUUGCGAGAACCUGCACCGAUCAAUCCGGACCCCCGCGAUCAACAACCAGCCAUCAAUAUGGAGGAGGAGCGUCUCUGGAAGUUCAGAAAGCCUGAGUGGCUCAACAGCGUCUGGGCCCGUAACGCUGGUGUCUACGCUGCCGGAGCUAUUUUCUCCGUCGCAUUCUACGUCAUGCUCGACUCUGCCGUCUGGUCCAAGUCGCCCAAGAACGGCUCCGACGUCCAUGUCAAGUUUGUCGACUGGCUGCCCUUUGUCUUUUCCAGCUUGGGUAUGCUCAUUAUCAACUCGGUCGAGAAGCAGCGCCUUAGCGCCGACUCCUUCAGCUAUAGUGGAUCUGGUGUCGCCUGGAAGGCUCGCGUUGUCCUCUUCCUAGGCUUCGCGGCUCUUGCUGGUGGAAUGGCCGGUGGUGUCACUGUCUUUGUUCUCAAGUUUGUCGUUCCCAGCGUUGCCAUGCCUGCGCUGGGCAUGGGUAUCGAGAACGUGGUUAGCAACGCUCUGGUUGGCGUCAGCUCUGUUGUUCUUUGGGUGAGCCAGAACAUGGAGGACGAGUACUCGUACAACCUUUCUCUGUAA